AUGUCAUUGCCAGACACGUCGGACGAAUCCAACAUGCGGUGGCAGUUUAUCGACGCUUCGAAUAAUAGUCGGAGCAACCUGACCCAGGUGAAGAAACAUGUGAUGCAGCAGUAUAUGCGGCAGAAGAAAGGUGGUGGUGCUCCGAAGAGUGAAGGCGAGGACGAAGCACAGCCUGUACAGCGAUCCAAACGCGGCCGGCCAAGGAAGAAUCGAAUUGCGAAGCGCAAUAAAGCGGAGGACAGCGGCAGCAAUGACUUGGUAUCAGACGAAAACGUUGAGGUGGGGGAUCAUUCGGCCUCCUCGAAGGUCUCCUCAGUGGACAGUGCUGCCAUUGCCGUGCCAUUUCGGGCGUCCUCAAUCGAAGUGCAGGGCUUUAUCUUCACUUAUCCGGACAACAUCAACCACUCAGAAUCAAUAUGGUCAUCUCCGUCCGCGCGAUCCCCACGAACUAUCCUGAGCGCAGCACGGACAGAUCCGUUCAACGCGCUCCCCAUUGAGAUGGACCUGGAAAGCCAGAAAUUGUUUGAUUUCUACGUGAAUGACAUGCCCGCCUGUUCGUACGGGUCUCAUUUCCGCUCCGCCAAAGCGCACAACUGGUACACCGCUGUGUUCGUGCCGGAAGCCAUGAAGGGCGCUGUUGCCUUCCAGAACACCAUCCUCGUGCACGCAGCUAACACCUGGGCGUGGGUGCGCAACGAAACAGAAACCAAGAAUACGCUGCUGCAUCGAGACCGCGCCGUCAGCAUGCUGCGCGAGCACCUCCAAACCCACCCACACGAUAUCUCAGACGUAGCUAUCAUCUCUUGCCUGAGCGCUGCAGCCCUCGAAGACUUUGACCCACGCCCGGGCCACAAGGAGACCAGUUGGACGCACAUGCGUGCUGCGCGCGAGAUGAUCCGAGCUCGUGGGGGCCCGGCUGCUUUCGAGAAUACUCGACUGGGCAUGUUAAUCAAUUGGCAGGACUAUAUCCUCUCUGGGUAUGAAACACUCGGACCUAGUUUCUUCUUCGAGCAUGAACGGCCCGCUUCGGCGACAGCUACUGCGCUGCAGACCGCAUCGCCUCGACAUCUUCAUAAUCUCCACGACUCAAUACCCUCACCACCAUACUCGACCUCCUCCGCUCUCUCAGACACCAACCCAUCAUGCCCCGAACCCUCAGCGCUAUCACUCCCUCAAUAUCAAUUAUCCGUAUCCCCCAUCGACGAAAUCCGCCUUCAAUGCGAAGAAUUCCUCGACUUCCUCCGCCGCUGCGAACAACUAGCCCUCUACCAACAAGAAAACCCAUCCUCCUGCUCUUCAACCCGCCGCAGAGCGAUCCAAAAACCAUCCGUCCUCCACCAAAUCCUCGCCGCACCCCCAGGAGCUCGAUUCACAGCAUCAGGAAACCGCAAACAGAUGGUUGCGCGCCUGACCGCGCUAAUAAUGCUCAACGCCGCACUAUGGGACUACCGAUACACUCCCUCCCGUGGAGCAACUUUCCUAUCUACGCUCGAACAAUCCGUGAUAGACAGUGAAGUCAGCAUGAGCGGCUCCAUUGAGGCGCUCUUACAGAUCCUGUUAGAGUGCAACGAUGGCGCCCCCGACUAUUUUUCAAAUGAGAACGUUGCGGAUUUCUCGCAAUAUGCACCAACUGCUACCUCCUGCGCGGCGCGUCCCUGGUGGGCGGGUCGGAUGCUCAAGGUUGCGAAGCGGUUAAGCGCGGACUCAUGGCAUCGUCUGUGUGAUUUUCUGUUUGCGUGCCUUACGCUUAGUGUAAAGGGAUCUGUUGUUUUUCUGUGGAAGCCAGAUCUGAGGAAGGAGAUUCUGGAGGCGCCUAGGACGUGUUAUGUUAUGCCCUCGUUGAUCGAGUGA